AUGCUGCUGCGAUACGUCGUGGGCGUCUUGCUCGGUCUCACCGGGAUCGUCGACGCGGCCAACUACCGCAUCUACACGUCAACGAACCGCGUUCUGGCCGAGUCCAACGGCAACAUUGUCGUCGCGACGCCGUCGGCGACCAAUGCGAUCAACGAAAUCUUCGACUACACCGAAGGCAGCGGCAAGCUCAUGGCGCAGAGCACAUCCAAGUGUCUCGGCGGGCAGCUGGAGCCGAUGGUGCUCCAAGAUGCCGCCUACAACGUGCACAUGAAGCUCCGCCUCGGUCUCUGGUUCUGCAUUGGCGACAGCGUCAACCUUCCUUGGCAAUACGACGCAAGCAGUCGCCAGUUCAAGCACGAGUACUACAACGGGUGGUGCCUCGAUGCGGUCACGAGUCCGAUUUCCAUCUACCUCUGCGACGCAUCAAGCGCGACGCAGCGGUUCCGGCUCGUCGCGGCGCAGACACCGCCACCGACGCCGCGCCCCAAGCGGCCCACGCCUCGGACGCUGCGGAUUCUCGACCAUCGUCGGCGACUCGAGAGCGACAACCCGCCGGGGUUUCGUCUCGCGGAUCCGUCCGAGAAGCUCCUUCCGAUGCGCAUUACGCUUCAAAGCAAAGGCGUGCUCCAGCUCGUGGGCACCGAGCUCUAUGUGCUCGAGACGCCGCGCAAUGGCACCGACGAGUGGUUCGAGUACAAUGCCAACCAGCAGACGCUGCGGUCGCUUGCGCCCGAGAUGAACUCGACUUGUUUGACCUUGCAUCCGAGCAACCGCCUCUACUUUAGCACGUGCUGCGCGCCCGAGAUGUGCCAGAGCCAGCAGUUUGUGUUUUACAAGAACCGACUCCGCCACCCGACGUCGUUCUGUGUCGCGCGCAACCUGUACAAGCCCGACGCGGGAAGGCCCAUGGCCGGUAUCUGGUGCAAUGACGACCGCGACAACGACCAGUGGCUCGCGGUCCUCAAGGAAGACGCACACGACAAUAGCACCCGCCGCCGCCUCGACGCAUUCGACACGCGCAUUCGCGCGGCGAGUGGCAAGCUCAUCUCCGAGUGGACGACCGGCCUCUACGUCAACUGGGCCGUCAACAACAAGAACGAGUGGUUCACGUACAACGAAGGCGGCCACACGUUCCAGGCGCAGAGCAAUCGCCAGUGCAUCGACGCGUUUUGGAGCUCGGAUCCAAGCGUCAAAUGGUGGGUCCUCAAGAUUCACACGUACGACUGCGGGUAUGGCAACCCGAAUCAAGAGUGGUCGGCCGAAUUCAACCACAUCAAGCACCUCAACCACGCGGGCAUGUGCAUGGAGGCCAGGAACGACGGCACGCUCGGCGUCAACUCGUGCAAAUUCGGCUUUACACCGGGCGAGUGGCUCGAGCUCUACCGGUAA